AUGGGGCCCAAGGGCAAGGGUCGCCAUGCUCGUGAGCAGCAGGAGCGCUUUGACCAGACCGGCAUCUGGCAUAGCACAAGCUCCUUGUCCAGACGCAAGCAGCGGCCGGAUAAGGCAGCGCGCGCUAAGGCCAAAGCGCGCCAGGAGCAGGACUGCGAGAGAGUCUGGGAGCACCCACCUCCCGCUCCCCCACCUGCUCCUCGCCGAAGGGCUGAGGCUAACGACGAUGACCAGCCUUUUCCCUGGUCACGCCGCGUGACGAACCGGACGACGGCCAAGUCGUCCAGCUCUGCCGGCCCCUCGCCCCCUGUGGCUGAGGUUGUGAUGGAGGAAGAGCCCGAUAACCCUUCCUCGGCCUCCUCCUCCCUGGCUGCCUCAGCGGCAGCGGCGACCAGAACCAGCAUGGUGGUGUCACCCACGGACCGUGUCAUGAUCGAGGGAUUCCUCAAGGCGGCCGAGGCCGGCAAGCUUGUCCAGUCGAUGGACUCGUUGCACCAAUUCCUGGUGCAACAGGGCCUAGCAUGGAAGCAGGUCAUCCACUGCCAGCACAUUGGUGUCCAUGAGCAGAACAGGGACGGCCUGGGAUGCAGUUGCUCCCACGUGCACGAACUGUUGACGAGUAUAGCAACGAUUGGCUUCUCCCAGCAGGAGGUGAAAGGCAUCUGUGUGGAGGUACCAUCGGGAGCAGAAGGCGACAGCAUCAGAGACUUCAACGAGAAGCUGAUCGGCGGGUCGAGUGGAAAGCUCGCCCCACUCACUGGCAUACGCUAUGCCAGUAUUGUUGGCAGCCACGCCAACCAGGCAUCGAGGUGCUUCUGGUUCAAGAUCACCCAUGAAGACAAUCGUUUGACUAACGACGGAGUACUGUCGUUAGAGAGGCUGCAGUCCCAUGAUGCGGCUUGGGCCCGGAGCAUCAGGGAAGGGCACGAGUGGCUGGUCAUCAGCUACGAGAUCGCCCAGCUCUUUCCUCAGUAUUGCUUGUUAGCGCAAGCUUCGGGGAAUGCCUCAGGGCAGAUUGCAUCGGUUGAACACGAGAUGCAGCUGGCUAAGAGGAUCAAUGCGAGCAUCGCAGCUUUCCUUCAGAGGAACCCGGGCAAGGCUGUCACGUACCAGGAUGUCUCGGCUGAGAUCCUUCGGAGCCGCUCGCCGCAUGCGGCUGCUCUACCCUCCAUCUUCGGUUUCGUCAUGAAGUGCGGUGGCGGCACAGGCGAGACGAGCUUUCUGUCGAAGACAGAGCGGUAUGUUCGAGCUUCGGGGUUUCCGAAUCGAGCUCUCGGCGGCGACCUGUGGCAUGGCCUUUCGCAGGACUGCAAGGGCAGCGAUCAGCAUGUAGCAUGGAGACACAUGUGCAUCAAGUUGGGCCUGAGCGGCCCCGAAAAGGCCAUCAGCUUGACAGACAUCAAGCGAUCACUCUCAGCAAAGGAGGUUCUCCCCAAUGUGAAGAAAGCCGAAGCCGUGCUUUUCGAGGUGCAGCGCCUGUUGCAUGGCUUCGACAACGUGGAGGCGGUGAUAGGGGACCUCGAGGUUGACAUGGCCGCCGUUGUGCUGCAGAAGAAGAAAAUUGCCAAGCACGACAGCAUUGAGGAUGCUGCCGGGACGUGCCUUGGAAAGUUCGGACUCUUCGUAUCUUCAACGAGGGUUGCGGAUUUGGGGAGUUUGCGGGUCUACGACGACACAGGGAAGCUUGUGUCGAACUCGCGAGUCGUGGACCUGGGAUUUCAGCCUGGGAAGGAAGUGAUCCGACGAGCCGACGACAUGAAGGCCACCAUCAUCGAGAUCUCCGCCGACAAGGUCCGUUUGAAGCUGCAAGAUGGCAAGGAAUACGAGGCAUCCUCAGAGGCUUUCGUGGAGAACAAGUGGAAGAUGUAUGUGCCCAAGAUAGAGCCCGUGUUGUUCAAGGGAUGGAGCAAGUUUUCCCCUUUGAGAAGUGAGGAGUUCAGCAUUGCAGUGAUCAAGGGCCUGGUUUUCAGGUCCAUGUACGAGCAGUACGAGACGUUGCAAGUCGAUGACCUUGAUGUCUUCCUCAAGCCGGGCAAGAAUGUGCAGGUGAAGAAGGGCUACAACAUCAACAUCUUGAAGCUCCCCAUCGCAACGGCCAAAGUUCAUGUUGGUGAUACGGUGCCCGCCGGAGCAGUGCAGUUGGCUGCUUUGGCUGCAGGACCAAGCAACAAAACGACCCACCUCAUGUCCAUGCAGGCUUACUUUCAAGGUCCCAAGACCGAGUCCUCGCCGGGCUUCAUCAAUCCAGUAUGGGUGAUGAAGAGCACAUCGGAUCGCGCUGAGGCCAACAUGGAGCUGCAUUGGGCGAGCAAAGCCUCUAGCAACCAGAAGCUGACGUGCAAAUCCACAACGAUGAUCCUCCCGAUAGUCCGCAAUUUUGUCAAGCUCGAUGCAGGCGACAGCUUGGUGCUAUGGAGGCCCGACAUGGCCAAGAACGAAGAGAUCGAGGUUCUGCAGCCGGUGAGCAAGAAGGCCCGAAAGUAA